AUGGAUGACAAACGCUGCAUGGAUGACAAAUGCUGCAUGGAUGGCAAACGCUGCAUGGAUGGCAAACGCUGCAUGGAUGACAAACGCUGCAUGGAUGACAAACACUGCAUGGAUGGCAAACGCUGCAUGGAUGACAAACGCUGCAUGGAUGACAAACGCUGCAUGGAUGGCAGACACUGCAUGGAUGGCAAACACUGCAUGGAUGGCAAACGCUGCAUGGAUGGCAAACACUGCAUAUGGAUGCAUGGCAAACGCUGCAUGGAUGGCAAACACUGCAUGGAUGGCAAACGCUGCAUGGAUGGCAAACGCUGCAUGGAUGGCAAACGCUGCAUGGAUGGCAAACGCUGCGUGGAUGGCAAACGCUGCAUGGAUGGCAAACGCUGCAUGGAUGGCAAACGCUGCAUGGGUGGCAAACGCUGCAUGGAUGGCAAACGCUGCAUGGGUGGCAAACGCUGCAUGGAUGACAAACACUGCGUGGAUGACAAACACUGCACGGCAAGGAAGGCCAGCGAUGAUUGUGAUGACAACAAACGUGUUGACGUUUGCCAUCAAAGUUGUUUUUGCGCGAGCCCUCGUUAG